AUGGACGACAAGAAUCCUGAAAAUUCAAACUUUGAAGCAAUAAACGAUAUAAUGGAAAAUUUUGCUUCUCUUUUGAUGGUCACUGCUAAUUUCUUCGACGGCGUUAAAGCCUCAAUGGUAGACUGGAUGGAAGAAGUCGAAGUUGAAGUUCGUAAAUUCGAAGCUUCAAGCAAAAAUAUCCCAAAGGCCACGGAAAGCCCCAAGAGCGGCAACACUGUGAUCGCAGGGCCAGGAAAGAUGCAGAGAAAGAUAAUACGAAGUGUUGACAUCGCGCUACAAAUAACUUUGGUUAUAUCCGGGUCACGUUUUCUGUCAUCAAUCAGCCAAACACGGUGCUUUUCAUCCUCCACCGAGGGCGACAGCAACUCUACCGACGUCCCUGCCACGAACUCCUCUGCAGCACGCCCCUCUACCUCCUCUAAAAUUCAUUCCUCCACGUCCGUUGCCACUCAUUCCUCUACCUCCGUUGCCACUCAUUCCUCUACCUCCUCUACCACUCAUUCCUCUACCCCGUCUACCACUCAUUCCUCUGCCACUCAGUCCUCCUCGUCUGGCACCUCACUCUCCAAAGACGCUAAACCAUUCAGCUGCGAUCUAUGUUCUUAUCGCACGGAUUUAUUCCACAACCUAAAAAUUCACUUACGCACGCACACCGGCGAACGCCCGUAUGCGUGCCCGCUGUGCCCGUAUAGAGGCACGCAACUUUUCCACGUGCAAAGACAUAUGCGCACGCACACGGGCGAAAAGCCGUACGCCUGUCAGUUGUGUGCGUACAGAAGUAAUAGGAAGGAUCAUCUCACGGAGCACAUGCUCGCUUCACAUAAAGUUGACUACCGGACUCGCUCCACUGCUACCAACUGAGCUUUUGUUUAAAAAUUGUACAAAAUUUCCCGUAGUUUCAUGAUGUAUCAAAUCCUCAAUUUUGGUUUGAGCAUAAUAUUAGAUAUAGUAUAUUUUUUAUUUAAAAUUAUCCCGGUGCCUACGGUACUGAGCUGUUUUGUACGGACUGUAAAUAAACUCCUAGGUAAUUAAAUGAGAUGUUGAAUUUUCUUAAUUUUUAGUUAGGAAAUAAAUGCAGACAUUCUUUCUCUCCAAUAUUUAGCGUCCCAUUCAUGAGCAAGCGAUUUCAGUUGUAAAUGUCUUCUACAUUAGCAGGUUUAUUGAUACCUACACUUUUCGUACGCUAGGAUAAGACUUGUUCCUUGCCUCCAUGAGUGCGAUUGAUGAUGUAACAUUCUAAUAUUUUAACGAUAUGUACGUCGUGUAUUUUCACCUACGUUAAUUUUUAAAUUAAUCCUAGUUUACGAAGAUGUCGUGUUAGAUGGACUUAAAUGGACACCCUCCAUUCAGUAGCUGUCACCCAUCCCAGCUUCAUCCUGCAACUACGAUCAAUUGUAGUAUAACGUACAGUUUUUACGUACACAGUUUGAUUUGUUUCAUGUUAACAUCUAAUUUUGUUGAAUUUAAGUCCUUAAGUGGUGUGUCCCGAGUUAGAUAACCUACGCGUAUUUACUGUAUCUGUUUGUGAAUUGCGAUUCAAUCGAUCCCUGGAUACCCACACUAUGUAUAGCCUUGAUCAUCAAAAGGAAUUGGUUUCAUUUUACAUUAAUUUUUUUGUGGUCAUCGCUGUUUUUUCUGUUUUUAAUUUAGUUUUUACCAAAUGUCCUGAAAUGGAGGACUUGAGGUAUCUUGUAUUCCGAUUCUAUAAUAACAAAUUACGGGGGCCAUUAGUAUUUUACUUUACAAUUUCUUCUCAUUAGUGUUCCGAGUCGUUCAUUUCUGAGAAACUUCGCAACUUUCCAUUAAUUUACAAUCGCGCAUCUGUUUGAAAUAUUUAAUACUACUAAUUGUAAAAAUUUUGUAAAAAAAGGCUGCGUAUCUUAUUUACAAUCUUUUCGUCUAUCCUAUGUCACGAUUGAUUAACAAUUCUUAGGUUACCUCGACUAGAUGACGACUCAACGAUAAUAUUAAUUUUAAUUUCUUUAUAUUCAAAAUGAACAUAUCGUCAGGCAGGCAGUUCUUGUAGGCAAGGCAGUUGAGGGGUCAAAUUUAUAUGUAGGAAGAUAUCGCAUUUAUUUUCUCAGUCUCACUCAUGCAAGCGAUCUCUUCUAAGAACGUCUUCGUUUCUAUUGCUUCUCAUUUGUUCCUUAUUAUUCCUUCGUCGCUUUGAUAUGUUAGAACUGCUCGUAUCUUGACAGCCUCAGCUGUUGCAAUUGAGGCGUUCUGCCUCUUGCGGCGA